UAGCUCCUCGAUCAUCAACUGGCUGGAUGUGAAGUUCUCCAAGCCGGCGAGCUGGAGGAUGAUCCCCCUCAAUCCUUCAUGGUGACUCGGUUGGUCACCCAUCAAAAAGAGUAGUGGACGAUAUCCAUCUGUGCUCUAAGUAGUUUGGGGCUUUCGAAUAAUUAACAAACGACUAUGUAGCUCUUCUUGGCGAUCCGAUUCGACUCGGUCUUGUUCAAGUUGACAGGUUUGAUGCAGACCUUACAUACCCUCAAGUGCUUUACUGCCUGCUUUAAUCUCUCCCGAAUAAAUAAUCCCCUGCCCAGAAAGCGUAGGGCGCCCGCUUCAUCAAGCCACAGUUUUAAUGUUGUGCUUUUUAUCUUGAGCUUUACGAGCUGCUCCGCUGGUUGAUGUGCUGAUCUCGGUUUGUGGGUGAAUCUGGCUAUCGAUGUGAGGUUGCUCCCAAGAUUCAUAAGCAAGCACAUCCCCAGUCUCGCUGGCCAUGGACAGAAGAUCGGAUCGCAUGGGAUCAUGGAUCUCUCUUCCGAGUCUCAUCCCAUGAUCAAGUCUUCAGCCAAGCCGGCUCAGUCAUCUGCAGGGCUCAUCGGCCCCCUCCGACACUGUUACAGGCUGAGCCCGGGCAAUGUCCGUUCCACGGAAUUCAGAAGCCCCACUGCGACACUUGAAACUGCACAUAUUUCAGAUCAGUCUGUGUGACGUCGCUCUGCUCUCAGUUAAAGUCCCUCAACUUAAAAUAUUUUCAACCCUCUCAUUACCAUCACCAUCACCAUCCCCUCGCCAUCAUUUACAACCAACACAUCCCAUUCAUCCCACUACAUAAAUCAGUCCCAUCCAAUUGGGCUGACUCUCUCUAGCCCAUCAUGGCCUCCUCCCCUGUUCGCAAGUCCACUGCCCAAUCCAACUCCUCCAAUCGCUCCUCCGCCGUAUCCAGUCCUGCGAAGAACCCCAACCCAACAGCAACAUCAACAACCACCGCCGCCAAACGUCUUUCGAACAUGAACCCGACCAGAUCCAACUCCCUCAACACCCACGCCUCGGCCGACGAACUCGAACGUGAACGAGCCAAGGUCUCGAGUCUCAAGGCGCUCAUCACCGCUGCCGAAGAGAAGGAAGCCGACGCAACCGCCCAAGCUGCCAACUGGCGCUCCAAAGCCGACCAACUCUCGAAUACUAUCGACAGGAUGGAAGCCGAACUGGCCGAGGCCCAAGAGCUCAAAACUAACUACGAACGUCUAACCAAGGAGCUCGAGAAACUCAAAGCUGCCCAUAAGGAACUCGAACGAACUCAAUUCCGUCAGGCAGACGAACACGAAGCCAGCAAAGCCGCUUGGGCUGAAGAAGAAUCUAACUUGCGAGCGCAGCUGUCCACCUCAAAUUCACAACUCCUCACGCUUCAGAAACAGUAUGAUGAGAGCAACAAAGCCGAUUCACUACCUUCACAGCCCGGCUCACCCAUCAAGCCAGCUCCUUCUGAGGUCCCCGAUCGUCUUGAAGCAGAGCACACAACAGCUGCGCUUAAGGCCGAAGUCGAAGCCCUCAAAGCCCAACAGGCCACUAACCAGGCCACGCUGGAACAAGCGAUCGCCUCAUCGGAGACUCUCAAGACUCAGCUCGCCGACCUAGAACGUGUCAACGAACAACUCAUGGACGAUAACGAAUCCUACCAAUUCUUGGUCGGUGAGCGCACUCUCAUGGGUGGCUUUGACAUCAAGCAACUCCUGCGCGUAGACGAAGGCGAAUCGGCCCCAGGCCCGAGCCCUGUUGCCCGUCGAAACAGUCCUUCAAGCUCAUCGACUCCAUCCCUCGAGGGUGUUGAGGAGGAAGAUGAAGAGGAGGAGGAGGAGGACGACGAGGAUGCCGAUGCAGCCAUCGAGCGAGCCGUACUCGAGUCCCAUGGAGACGGCUCUCGGACCACUGGCGCAGUCGAAGCUGGCAUCUCCAAAAAUUUAAAACCCAAACGGAUCCCUAAUCGUAGAAAUGAACCUACCGGGCUCGGAUUGGAUCUCGCUGCUGAACUGGCUCAGGCUGAAGAAACUGAAGUCCACCAUGGUCGCAAGGUUGAGCUUGAAGAGCGUAAGAAAACCAAGAAAAUCAACAAGGAUAAAGACACAGAAAUUAAAGCGCUUCAAGAUACCAACAAGGCGCUGGUGCUUUACAUCUCCAAGAUUCUUGAUCGUAUCUCAGCUCACGAUGGAUUCGAAAAGGUGCUUUCGAGUGAUUACACAAAGGAUGGGCCCAACAGUCCAGCCCGGCAGCGCACCCGAUCCGCAACAACUGCCCAUACAGCAGCUAGUGGCCCUCAAACUGCUAAAGGAGGUCCUGCAAACAUUGCUUCCACAGCAGCCAACCCAGCAGCCAAACGAUCGAGCUGGUUACAAUACUUCAUGCGGUCGCCUCCAGCCGCAUCCAACAACAUCAAACCUCUCCGAUUGGGCACUGGUAGCUCGGUCACUCCGGGUGCUUCUGCACCUUCAGCCGGAUUGAGUGGAGGUUGGGCAGGGGUGAAGGAGCAACCCGAACUAGAGGAAGAUGAUGAAGAAGCAUGUGCUCGAGAGCGAAGAAUAGCCGAGAUGAAGCUUCACGGGACCUACCAGGUAGACUUUAGCUCAUCAGGCGAGAGCGGGAAGCCGCAGGAUGCGACGAUCCGAGCGAACCGACGUUCGUCGAGCAUGUAUGGGCCUAGCCAAGCGGCGAUGACAGUGGUGGAAGAGAAGCGACGGAACUCGGGGGAGAUUGGCGGGGUGAGCAAGCUCUCGCUGCUGCCGAGCAUCGACUCCUCCUUGGUGCCCUUGAGCCAAGCCGGGCUGAUGAAGCGGACGGAGGAGCGCGAGAAGGAGUCGAAGAUCAACCUCGAGAAGGGCCAAGCCUCCGGGUUCACGGAGAUCGAGAUCCGGGGACACCGGAUGCGGCCCUCGGUUGCCCGCCAAUCUACAACCCCUAACCACCCCCUCUCCCCCGCACAAUCUAACUUCUCCUUGAGCCCUAGUAAGAGCGCCUCUUCCUCUACCGCCACUGCUCCUGCGCCUGCUCCCGGUGGGAUCAAAGGCCUCAAAAUGACCGCAGACCUUAAUAACACUACUAACGAACCUGCUAACGAAGGCUUGUUGGCUCGUACCGCACGAAGAAUCUCGAUGAUGAGCGGGACUAAAUAGUCCAAUCAAUCAAUCUUAUCACGUCUUCUUACGACCACCACACUUCGCCAUUUUUGAUUAUCUCAUCAUCAUCAUCAGAUUGUCAUUAUUGUUUUGUAGACUAGUCGCGGUCUCCCUUUUCUUUUUUUUUUUUUUUUUUUUGAAUAAUGCUUCAUUUUUUGUCUUUUUGGUUGCAGUUAGAUCUCAAGAAGAAGCUCUCUCGACGGUCGACCUGAUUCAGUUAUGAUGUUAUUUUGUUCUGCUUCUUCUUUUUGAUUUACUUUAUCUCUCUCCUCAACAUUAUGCAUUGUUAGUCACUCAUCCAUCCACGAAGUUUUCAUUCUAUAUAUAUAUAUAUAUAUAUAAGGUUUGGUUAGUUGGUUUUAACUGUCGCUGCUCAUCUUCAUCUAUCUUAUCAUCUCCCUUCCUCCUCCUCCUUCCUUCUUCUUCUUCUUUUAUCAUUUUGAAAAUAAUCUGACGAUCUGUUCGAAACUGUAUGCACUCUAUAUAAUGCCCUCCAUUCUUCUCUUCCUUUUAUACAUCUUCUUUCAUCCAUUGCCAACAUGAAUUUUGUUUUUUUCUUUCUUGGUGGAUCGUCUAUCAUCAUCAAUUCAUCCAAGUUGAUCGGUUUUUUUCUUUCUUUUCUUUUAUCGAAGAAAUACAUCCUCUUUUUUUUUGCUUA